ACACAACCUUGGACAUUAGAGCCUAUCCGUCUGAUCUAGAGAAGGAAUGUGGCUGGGGAAGGAAAACUCAGGGCGAGGUGAGAGGACAGAACCUCUAACCAGGAAGAGCUGUCCCUGCCAAGCUCCGGAGAGGCGCAGAAGCAUGACCCUCAGGUGGUAACAGAAAACAAUCCAGAUGGGGUGCAGGUGCUGUAAAAUAAUACAAAGCUAUCUCUUUGAUCCAGUUCAAGUGUCCUCUCCUGGCUAUGUCAAUGAAGUCAACAGCUGCAAGCUAGAUGAAGACGACACUGAUAAACUGAAAGGCAAAUGGAACAGUGAAGUCCUGGUGCAGAAAAAUGACUCUCAGAGGCAGGGCUCAAAAAAGACUGAGAGCAGCAGCAGGACAGCUAAUCCACGGGAGCCCUGCUGGCCUCACCAAGGGCCGCUCCCGCAGGGGGAUGCUGGAGGGGAACACCAUGCCUGCGGCAUCAAUGGCCUCGGCCCUGCUGCCGCUCCACAGCCCACUGGGAAUCCCAGCCCUUCCCAGGAUGACAGGGGCUCCUGGACCAGUACUGAAAAUACUGGAGUUCCCCCAACUCAACCCUUCCUGGAAGGAGGGGGCACCAGGAAACAGGACUGUGUGCUACUGGCCUCAGAAGGAACCCAAGUCAUGAGAAAUGGAGACUCCAGAGCUCCUUCUGAGGCAGAAGGUUUUGCCUUGGAAGUACAAGACCAUGUCUUCCAGAUACCAGCCCCAGAUUACCUUCAGCAUUGGGGCCCAGCUGGAGACAACAUUGACCAUAAUGAAAAGGACUGUGUUUUCAAGAACCAUACUGAGGAUGAGUCCCUUGAGGGAAUUCAGCCCACAGUAGGGGAGCGUGGUUUGAAUACACCCUUCUCUGGGAGGAGAAGCUGGGAUUCAUUGAAUGAGGAUGUGGAAACAGAAGUUCUAAGCAUCUGCUUUAAUGAGAAGGGUCCUGCUCAUGCCAUGCCUGUGGUUGACUCAGGAAACAGGCAGGAGGAUGCCCAUGGCUCCAGUGGAGACGGAGGUGGGGAGAUUGUGGACGAGGAUGCAGCGGUGGCGGAGGCCCUUGCGGCUUUAGAAGCGGCUACUGCAGGAGAAGAUUUGGAUGAGGCUGAUUAGGGGAGGGGAUUUGCACAGGGAGGUAAGCUGGUGUCAUGCUGAGCAUGCAGAUGCAUUUGCUCCCUGGAUGCAGAGCAGGUGAUUCUCCCAGCAUGCACUAGUGCAGCCUUACCAGUUGUUUACAUCCAGCAUCUGUUCUGAUUGUCAGCAUCUGUCCCAUGCUGCUUGUCACAUAUCUGGAGUUUCACUCUGUGUCGAUGAGCUGUUAUUCAGGACACUAGGAGAAAAAUCUGAGUGGGUCAUUGUGCCCAUAUCCACAGAAAGUGCAGAAAUUGAACAGCUUGCUUGACAACCUCAAACAUCUUUGAGCACCUGGUACAGAUGUUUAUGAGAAUACUCUAAGAUCUCAACCCUUGAUCCCAAAGGCACACAAUCACAGAGGAUUCCUUUUGACUAUAAACUGUUUACCUUGCUUUUGAGAGCCAAACAUUGUACCCAACCUGGAAAAAGUAACUACCCCAAUUAAAGUGCCUCAUGAGUCCCCAGAGCAUGGCUUAACUUCAGGGACAAUUCUCCCAGGGAACUAAGAACUAACCAGUUGUUCAACAGCAGGUUAAGCUCAGCAGUUUUCACAGUAGAGCAGAAGUCCUCAGGAAACAAAAGGUUAGUCAUUAGCUGAGAUGUGAUUUUAAAACACCUUGACCUUAACUUUUUUACAUUAUUACUUUUAAAUCUCCUUUGGGAUUGGGGAGGCUUGGCCAACAUAGUCUUAAAACUGCUUGUGUCAUAUUUGGGUUUUAAGUUCAUGACUUUCAGAACAGCAAAGCCAUAUAUGAAUGUUUUUAUGCCAUUAAAUGUCUGAUUCUAAUUAAAAUAUAACAACGUAUGUGUCUUUCUGUCUUAACUCAAAGGUGGUUCUAAUUUUCUCAGAAUAUCAGUGACCCUGGAUGUUACUUUCAAUGUAAAGAGCUAAUCUAGAUGGCCGGGCACAGUGGCUCACGCCUGUAAUCCCAGCACUUUGGGAGGCCGAGGUGGGUGGAUCAUGAGGUCAGGAGUUCGAGACCAGCCUGGCCAACAUAGUGAAACCCCAUCUCUACUAAAAAUACAAAAAAAUUAGCUGGGCGUGGUGGUGGGCGCCUGUAAUCCCAGCUACUUGGGAGGCUGAGGCAAGAAGAAUUGCUUGAACCCAGGAGGUGGAGGUUGCAGUGAGCCAAGAUCGCGCCACUGCACUCCAGCCUGGGCGGCAGUACGAGAUCCCGUCUCAAAAAAAAAAAAAAGAGCUAAGCUAAGCACAGUGGCUCAUGUCUGUAAUCUCAGCACUUUGGAAGACUGACGUGAGAGGACUGCCAAGGCCAGGAAUUCAAGACCAACCUGGGUAAUUUAACGAGACCCCAUCUCUAUGAAAAAAAAAAAAAAAAAAAAGAGCUAGACUACAAAAUUAUACUCAAGGAAGGGACCAAGUUGGUUUGCAGAGCCAUGACUUUGGCUUUCUCUCUCUCAAGUUAAACUUGAUGCCAUAACUAAGUGUCUUGAUCUUACCACAAAGAUGAACAAGCCCUCUCUGGAUUUCAGCCUUCUAAUUCACUGAAACAAGGUCAACCAUUCUAACAUAACUCAAUGGAGAAUUUAAAGGCAUUAAGGAUGCUCAAAACUAUUUAGAAAAAAAAACAACAUGGAAGAUGCUUUAGUUUGAUGUUUUGUAACACAGAAUUGAAAUCUCACUGAACUUCGUUUGAUUUCCAGCUUUGCCAUGUGACUUUGGGCAAGUUAUGUAUCCCUUCUCUUUACCCAUCUGGGAAGUGAGAAUAAUAAGAGUAUGUGCUUGUAAAGAUUAAAUGAAAUGAUGUGUUUAGCACAGUGCUUGGGACACUAGGCACUCAAAAAUGAUGUCUUACCAGUUGAAAACAAUUCCUUUAACAAACAUUUUUACAUCCUCACAACUGAAAACUCUAAUACUGGGAGGUGUAUAUAAUGUCAUUAUUUGAUUUUGAUAAUUAUUUAGUAUAAAACAUGAUUUCUGAGCCUUCCAGCACCUUUAAGGAUGGCACCCUUACAAAUGCUUAAUGAACAUAUGUUACCCUGGGUUAGUUUGGUAUUGUAAUGACAAGCCAUCGCAAGUGACCUCUAUAUACAGGGUCACUCAGAGUCCUUAAAAAGAUAAACUCUUGGUGUUGUUAAUUGCAUCAGAGGUAUGUCUCCUUUUGUAUUUAGUAUACCAAAUACUUAAUAUUUCAGAAUGCUUAUUCCUUCAUUGACUUCCUAAGUGUAUCAGUUGGGAUUAUGUUCAGUUGUAUGGGAUGAAUGUUUUAUACAAAUAGAGGUUUAUUUACCUCCUAUGUAAAAGAAGUCUGGAGUUAGUGAUCCAGGGUGGCAGAUACAGGGUAUCACUGACCCGUGUAUCAGUGACUCAUGUAUCAAUGGCCCAUGUGUCAAUGACCGGCGUAUGAAUGACCUAUGCUUCUUCAGUCAUGUUGGUUUCCUUCUCAACGUCACUUUGUAGUUCAAAAUGACUGCUGUGGCUUCAGUCAUUAGAUUUACAUUCCACGUUGGAAAAAGAAUAGGUCAAAAACC